AUGCUUACUGCUGUAGACUCUCGGAUCUUCGACAAACCGCCUCUACUCUACAUCUACGUACUCCUCCUCUCCUUCGUGGGUGGUUUCAACAUGCUCAAUGUUAUCAUUUCCAGUUUUGUCUACUUCACUGGUCAUAGGAUUCUCUCCAAGACUCGGAAAGGGCCUAAGGAUAAUGCCCGGGACUUCGUCGCCUUCUGGGACAACGGGACUUACGCGUUUCUGCGGCGGUUAAGUCGGGACUACUUUGUUCUCUCUAUUCCAAUGUUCCUGAUCGCCGUUGGCGUCCAGCUCCUCGCUGUUAUGCCUCUCGCUCUUGGCACUACCGCUUUCAUCGUCCUGCUCUUCCUCGGUGCUCUUGGUUUCAAAUGUUCUAACGUUCUGCAGAAGAGCAUGGGGGCCAAGCCGCUGAGGGCAGCAACGGUGGAGUCGGCGCAGGUUGUUUUGUACUUUGCUAAAGAGCUGCUGGCUACUCACUGUGGGCUAUUCAAACAGUCAGAGAGUGAGGACGAAUUUCAUGGAAUUCUGAAGUCGUCUUGGAGUUUCACAAAGAAGGAGCGUUGA